AUGCCUAGUCUUGUGGAAGCACCUGCCGAGCCAUAUGCAAGGCCAGUGAGGACUAAAAUUCAGCUGGCCCUGGAUUCUGACGGCAAGUCAGAAUAUGUGAGUCUGAACAGUCAAAUAUAUGAGCUUAUCUAUGGCGAUUUAUCAGAUAAUAAAGCCAGAUUCGUUUCGCUACAGUUAUUGGGCAGCCCGCUAUUUGUCGAAUCCCAGCUGUUCAGAGCAGAACUUGAUAGUCAACUUCCACAGAACAGUAUUGAACUGCAUAGCCCCAGGAUCUCCAGCAAGUAUGGAUCUGAUUUCAUUCUGGAAAACUGCAUUAUAGUUCCGGUGACAAAAGUGCUGUCGCUGACGUCUGUCAUUGUGAGUUUCCCUCAUGAAGUCUACCAGCUUCUUGAAAGAUAUUCUAAGGAGCGUUUAUUGGAGCUCAUUGCCAGUGAAAAAGGAUUUGGCGCGGGCCACACCUUGAUUCGCAAAAGCGACUUUCUGAAUAUUCUGCAUGGCCAAAUUAUCCAUUGUGAGCCUGUUGACCAAGGAUUAUUAUCUUUAGAAACCAAUUUGGUGAUCGUGAAACAGCCGGAAGGUGUAAAGAGAGGAAGAAGCAUAAAAUCACAAGAGUCUCGUCUUGAUGCUUCGCAGUUCCGUAUAGCUACGCCUACGGACAUCUCCGUUUCCAGCCCUGAUUUGGGGGAUCUAACAUUCGAUGACACUUCAAUAUUCAGCAACUUGGCGCUUCAGCCUUUAGAGCUUCGAACUGGCUUUUUGAAGUACAACACGUUGAUGGAAUGUACAAACAUUCCGGAAUCCUCUCACGAACUCGAUAACGAGGACGAUCAGCUUUUCGCCUGCGUAUGCUCUUCAGUUUUGCAGAAAAUUGGCUGCUUUAGCGGUGAUCUUGUGCAGCUGCAAACCUGUGAUUGUGGAGCCGGGAUUGUGUGCGCAUGUGAUAAAAGUUCAAGGGAAAAGAUAACCAUAAGGGUAUUUUCACUGGCAGACCCAAACGACUUUGAUCCGGAAAAAUUGUAUCUAUCGCCUGUUUUUCUCAACAGUAUAGGAAACCCUCGCAAGGUCUUCGUAAGGAGAUUCUCUAGUCAGCGACAAAAUGGCGAUCUCGUCUGUGAAAAACUCGAAAAUCAUCUGCCUCUGGCCAAAGAGGUAGUAAUUGCAAGAGUUGCAUCUCCAAUAACUCUUGACAAAACAAUGCAGCAUUUAUUCUUGGCGAACCUCAAGUCAUACUUUGAAUCAAAACAUCGGGUGAUUGUGAAAGACCAGUACAUCCCCGUGCCAAUAGACACCGUGUUGGCAAAGUCCCUUUUCAGCACGUACAAUGCAUCGGGCGACGAGACGCAGCCUGCCAUCAUUCCCCAAGGAAUACCUAACGAGCUCGCCUGGUUCAAAAUCACAGAUGGAACUACAGAUACGGAUGAUGGCAAGAGCAUGGUAGCAGGAAAACAGUACAUUAUCGAUCCUUCCAAAACGAGAAUGAUCCAGUCUGGAGUCUGCUCUGACAAAGUACCCUUGAGCGAAGGUAUAUCCUACAGUCAGUUGAGAGAUUAUUUUGAGCUUCCUCGACAAUUCGCUUAUCCCUGCUUGAGAAUUUCUAGCGUGCUCACGUUCCCUUAUGCAAACCAGUUGCGCAAGAUUGUGAAUGUUGCUUUCCGUAUCAGAGACAACAGCAGCCAUAGGUCAACAUUGCAAACUACCGUUCUCCUCUCCAGUAUGGCAAGAUGCGUGGGCAAAGCAACAGUUGUCAGACGCAUUGCCACAGAAUUUGGAGCAAACCUGCUCGAGCUAGACGCGUACGAGCUUCUCAACCAAUCAUCUGUUAGUAAGACCAUUGGAACGAUUCGGGGCAAGUCUGACAGGGUUGUUGACAGUUGUUGCUCGGUAAUACUUUUUGUCAGACACAUCGAAGCGCUUGCAAAAAAGCCAGACCCUAAUCAGCAACAGAAAGACUCCAUGUCUUUGAGGCUUGCUGAAUUGAUCGACGAAUACACAUCGAAAGGCGUCAUUUUUAUUGGGUCCACAAAUGACGCUGAUGCCAUCUCUGACCUGAUCAGGUCAAAGCUCAAGUUUGACAUUAAUAUCAAUGUCCCCACCGAGCCAGAACGAAAAUUGAUUCUGACACACUUGCUAGAUGAUCUGAAAACUAAGGACAAAACACCUGUACUUUUAAGACCUGACGUUUCUCUUGACACGUUGGCACUUCAAAGCGCGGGAUUGACGGCGAACGACCUAGUGUCUAUUGUGGACAAUACAAUCGCUAUAGCAGUCGAGCGGCUUGAGAGGCUCUCGGAGGAACAAGAGAUCAAUUGGGAGCAACUUUUAUCCUUCAACGGUGGUCGCAUCAAGCUUACACCCGAAGAUUUCGAAACCUCCAUCAAUGAUGCCAGAAAUAAAUUCAGCGACAUGAUCGGCACUCCUAGAAUACCAGACGUCAAAUGGGAAGAUGUUGGAGGACUGGAUCUUGUCAAGGACGAGAUUCUGGAUACGAUUGAAAUGCCACUCAAACAUCCAGAAUUAUUCAGCAAGGGAAUGAAGAAAAGAAGCGGUAUCCUGUUCUAUGGGCCUCCUGGGACAGGAAAAACUCUGCUGGCAAAGGCAAUUGCUACCAAUUUUGCUCUCAACUUUUUCUCCGUGAAAGGCCCAGAGCUAUUGAAUAUGUACAUUGGAGAAUCGGAAGCAAAUGUGCGGCGAGUGUUUCAAAAAGCUCGCGACGCGAAACCUUGCGUGAUCUUCUUCGACGAGCUGGACUCGGUUGCUCCCAAGAGAGGAAAUCAAGGAGAUUCUGGGGGAGUGAUGGAUCGUAUCGUUUCUCAGCUUCUAGCAGAAUUAGAUGGCAUGAGUGGAGCCGAAGGAGGAGACGGAGUGUUUGUCGUUGGUGCCACCAACCGGCCAGAUUUGCUAGACGAGGCCCUUUUGCGCCCGGGAAGAUUUGACAAAAUGCUUUAUUUGGGAAUUGCGGACACCCAUGUCAAGCAAGCUAAAAUCAUACAGGCACUGACGCGAAAGUUCCAACUCGAUCCCGCGGUCAAUCUCAACAAAAUCGCCGAAACCUGUCCAUUCACAUAUACGGGAGCAGAUUUCUACGCUUUAUGCUCCGACGCAAUGCUGAACGCCAUGACUAGAACUGCUGGUACGGUGGAGAAGAAGAUUGAUGAGUACAAUUGUGAUCGUGCUGUCGGCGAUAAGAUCAGCACGCGGUACUGGUUUGAUAACAUCGCGAAGCCCGAGGACACAGAAGUACUGGUGAAAGCAGAAGAUUUCGCCAAAGCUAGAGAUGAACUGGUUCCAUCGGUAUCGGCAGAAGAGCUCCAGCACUAUCUAUCAGUGCGCGAGAACUUUGAGGGAGGCAAGACCCAGGAAAAUGUGCAUGAAGUACCUGAUGGGGCCGACAUCGUAAUCUCACAUGGCUAA